GAGUGAUAGAGACAAAGAGGAGAGAAUCAAAACGUUGGUUUGUUUGUUUUUUUGGUUGGUUCAGUUCAGUAUUAGUUAAAAGGGGUAUUACAUGAAGGAAGGAAGCACGGUGUUGGACCAAGAGAUAUCAAGAGGGGUGAAGAACCUGCUCCGGCAGUCAGACCCCAGCGUCGCCACCACCUUAAACGGCGUCGUUCAGCAGCUGGAAGCCCAGCUAGGUGCCGACCUCUCCCAUAAAGCUGCCUUCAUUAGUGACCAAAUCAACCUCUUGCUCCGUCCCCCACAAACCCACGCUCAGCCACCUCCUAAACACCAUUUUAACCUCCAACACCACCCUCAAUUUCCUUCGCAUCAACAAUUUUCUGCCCAUUUUGCUCUCCAGCUUCCUUCCCAUGAACUCAACUUCCGCCACCCUCAUUCUCCUCUCACCGCUCAACCACCGCCGCAGCUCCAGCACCAGCACCAGCAACAUCAACACCUGUCACCCCAGCCGGUUGUCACGAAAGCCAAUGUUUCCACUCAAAAUGCCGCUCCCAUUGCCACCACUGAAGUGCCCAGAGAAAGUGCCCCGGUUGCACCCAAAAGAAGAGGUGGAUCAGGGGGUCUGAACAAAGUUUGUAGUGUUUCACCAGCACUUCAAGCCAUAAUUGGUGAGCCAGCUGUGCCGAGGACUGAGAUUGUCAAGCAACUGUGGGCAUACAUAAGGAAGAACAGCCUGCAAGAUCCAAGUAACAAGAAAAAGAUAAUUUGCGGUGAAGCCCUACGUGUGGUGUUCGAGACAGACUGCAUUGACAUGUUCAAGAUGAACAAACUGCUGGCAAAACAUAUUAGCCCUCUUGACCCAUCAAAGGAAUCAAGUCAAACUAAAAAAGGGAAGGUAAAUGUCGAGUCCACCACUGAAGGUGUUGAACCAGGCCCCAAUCCUGUAAUUAUAUCCGAGGCGCUUGCCAAGUUUUUGGGUGCAGGAGGAAGGGAGAUGCUAGCUGCCGAGGCAGAAAAACGCUUUUGGGAGUACAUAAAGGUUAAUCAUUUGGAGGAUCCAUCAAAUUCAAUGGUGGUAUUGUGUGAUGUCAAUCUUCGCGAGCUUAUAGGAUGCGAAAGCAUAUAUGUGAUGGGGAUACGUGACUCACUACUACGUCGUCAUUUAUUUAAGCAAUCCUGAGAUCUCAGAUAUAGAUCUGCUAGAGUUGACUGGUU